AUGAGCGAAAUUGAUGGAGAUGAAUUGGAGGACGAGACUGCGAACUCCAUAGACCUGCUCCUAGCCGGCGACACACAUGGAAACUUGCAUCUCAGUGUAUACGGGGUUUAUAAUUUACAACCAAUCUCGUUGUCCCAACAUGUUGGCGCGAAGGUAGCGGAGUCGAACUUUUCUUCGGAAUUUAAUUGCGGAUUCAACAAUGGUCGCACAUCUUCCGCUGUCAAGGUGCCACCGAAGGAUCGAUUGUUGGUGAUUACUCUGGACACGGGAUUGUUGUAUACGCGAAAAUUCGAGAUUCAAAUUCUAUCUCAGAGGUAUACCGCCAUCAAGCACCUAACAGAUUACAUAUAUAAUGGUGUCAAGUUGGUUGAGGCGGAAUACCAAACUAUAAAGCUUACGUCGAAUAAGUUUAUCGAUAUCUUUCAGGAGGUCAUGGAUCUUAUCAUUUUGGUUGGUCGUGAGAAAGUAAAAACAACGUUAUCGGCCGAGUAUGCCCGUUUAUUGGCCACCGGAAGGCCGAGCAAGAUAUUGGCCGAGUACAUGGAAGGACGCAUAACAAAACGAGGAUUAAAAGAUUGGGAAAGCAAGGGUCGAAAGGCUUUCGAACAAAUUCGAGACUAUGUCCAUCAUUAUAUACGCGCUGGUUGCGAAAGGUUGCUUCUAGAGUUGAACGCGUUGGUCGGAUAUAGUAAAUGGCCUCAAAAAUUUCAGGAACUCGGUCUCGUGGAAUCUUUUGUUCACCCUUGUGUGAUUAUCACCGGAUGUUUGAUUUCACGCCUAGAAAAGUUGUUGAACGUAAUUGACAACGAGUAUAUUAACUUUCUGGAAUUUCAACAAUGGAUUCAAUUCGAAUUUGAUAGUUUGGCGUUGCUCGAUCAAAAUGGCAUCCCAGAGGUCCCACCCAGAGUAGAUAUUCACAAGGUUGCCGCGUACUUAAAGAACUCGCUCAAGAAAGAAUCUUCAAGUGAUUUGGAGGAAUUUUUCGGAACCAGUGAAACAUUGCCUAUAUUGACGCUGCCAACUUUUGAAUUCCCUUUUUCUUUUUCAACUCAACAUCGUCAAUUUAAUGAGAAGAUGCCAGCAUACCCGUACGAUUAUCACGUCAUCAACUCAAUUUCCCAUUAUCCACAAACACUUUGGACCUUUGUUAAUGUGUUGACAACUCGUUGUAACACCUUGUCGUCCUCGACGGCAGACAACGUCGCAAGGUCCGUGAUUGCCAAUGGAUAUUUAGAAUUGAUUGAUGAACUUGUUGACAGUUUCGUCGAAUUGGGACAAGGGGAUGAAAAGGUUAAAUCUAAAAGCGUGCUCUUGACCGACAUGAGAAUUGUGGUGGAGAAUUCGGAAACUGUUGAAUACAUAACAUUUCACGCGUCGAGUACAACAAAGCGAGAUUUAUCAGAAGCGUGUAUGCAAAUGAAACCGGCUUCCUGUGAUAAGACUCAUGAAAAAUCUUUUCGAAAAUCUUCUGGGCGUAAACCGGCGGAGAUUGCAGGCAUUCAAUUGAUAAACAAAGAGUACCCCGAAGCGUGCCUUUUAAUCAGAGAUCUGAAAUUUUUUGAUAACGAAAGAUUGCAUAUCAUCGUUGCGGAAUCAGAUGAAAAAGGCGAUGAGAUUUAUCAUUUGACGGAAUUGAAUUAUACGAGUUUAAAUUUUCUGCCAAUUAAUGAACCGCGAGGAGUGGAAAACAUGGAUACGCUGGGAGUCGUGAACGUCGUGGAUCAGGUUUUUGACAAGAUGAACUUGAAAAAGAUCAAGCCAUCUCAAUUGACGGUAAAUGGCGCACGAGAUUUAGUGUGUGUGCUUAACGGAGACAGGAAAAGAAUCUUGAUGUUUGAUACUAACGAUAAAGAAGAAACGGAUGACGAAAAGGAGGAGGACGUCUAUGGUAGUUCAGAGAUGAUGGAAGAGUAG